AUGGACGUUGUGAAUUCUGUACCGAGUUCGCUGCUUCUCGUAAAGCCCAGUGAUGAUAACAAACACCCAUCUUACACCAUCCUUCGCAUCAAGCGCAAGCGCACUGAGGAGCCACUGGACGCGCUGGUCGUUGAGUCUCGCUCGCGAAGGAAAAAGUCACGCGGUGGAGGCCUGGACGUUUUCCAGUUUGCGCAGACGGUUGAGACUGAUGCAUGGGAUGAUGUGAAGGCUAGGCAGAAUCUACAGGUUCGUCUCUGGCCUUGUUCACGGCACAUUAGCCAAGCUUCACCAGUGCGAGAAGUGAGAUCCCCAGAUGCGGGGCGUCCGAUGGAGGAGGGGAACCGUCGAUACACUGUCAGAGUGGCUGAGGAAGACACCAGAGCUGCCUCCCGAAGACGACCGACCAGUCCACCCAAAGUUAUCUCAGCUAAAGAUGCUUCUCAGAAUGACUUCAAAAUGUACGAUGCAGUCCCUGCCGACCAAGAGGCUGCCACGCAACUCCUCGACCUGCAAAUGGAGAACUUUUCUGCCUAUGCUCCAGGAUUACCUCAGGCUCCAAGGGCAGAAAGGGGUAUACCGGCGACAGACGAUUAUGUUUGGGACGUAUUUUACAGGAGGCCGUACAGUCUUGAUGAGUGGCGGUCACUUGCAGCGAACGUGGGCACCCUCACUGGUCUCCCUGCUGGCCCCGAGGAGUCAGAGGAAGAGGAUGAAGCGGAUGAAGAUUCUAAUGCUGAAGAAUACUACAAGAAUGAUUAUCCAGACGAGGAGUCUGGGAGCGAUGACGAUGGAAGCGAACUAGAUAUAUUCCACGAGGACUCCGACCACGAUGAGUCCCUAUAUGAAGACUCUAGUGGUGGCGAAGACCAUCUCUGGCGAUAA